CUCUCACCCCAAUUCCCAUGUCACUCCCGCAGGGCGCUGGCCAUGGAGCCAGGCACCAUCGACAACCUGUCCAUCCUGUACCAGAGCUCCGACUUCAUCGUGGUCAACAAGCACUGGGACAUCCGCAUCGACAGCAAGAUGUGGUACGAGACACUGACCCUGCAGAGCCAGCUCCGGCACCGCUUCCCCGAGCUCGCCGACCCCGACACCUACUAUGGCUUCAGGUUCUGCCACCAGCUGGAUUUCUCCACCAGCGGGGCCCUGUGUGUCGCUCUCAACAAGGCGGCGGCGGGAAGUGCCUACAAGUGUUUCAAGGAGCGGCUGGUGACCAAAGCCUACCUCGCCCUGGUGAGGGGCCACGUCAGCCAGAGCCGGAUGACGAUCCGCUAUGCCAUCGGGAAGAACACCACGGAGGGCAGGACCCACAUGAUGUGCAUCGACGGGACAGAGGGCUGUGAAAAUCCCAAGCCUUGCCAGUCGGAGCUGAUCGUGCUGGAGCACGGAUCCUACAGUGGAGACCCCGUGACCAAAGUGCUGCUGCAGCCCCUGACAGGGCGGACUCACCAGCUGCGGGUUCACUGCAGUGCUGUCGGUCACCCCAUCGUGGGGGACUUCACGUACAGCCUGGGCCAGGACAGCAGCCCCUACAGGAUGAUGCUCCACGCCUACUACCUGCGCAUCCCCGCGCGCGGGGAGCUCAUCGAGGUGUGCGCGCCCGACCCCUUCGUCCCCGCCAUGGACGGCAACUGGGAGCCCCAGCGCGUCACCCGCCGGCUGGAGGACACCAUCCAGGAGCUCAAGGACAAGGUCAGAGGACACGAGCCCCUUGCUGCUCACCUGGACAAGUCCUGGCUUGAUCCCAUGGUGUGGCUCCUGGUCCCAUGGUGUGGCUCCUGGCUGGCAGGUUUCCAGAGGGUGCCAGAGGAAGGUCCUUUGGGUGGACAGUUUGGGAAGGCUCUGGAGCAGUAGGAAAUGGAUGAAGCUGAAAGAAAGACUGAUGUGGUGGCUCAGCUCCGCUGGCGCUCAGCUUUGCAAGAUUCCAAGAAGAGUUUCUCUGGAAGUGCCCUUGCUUUGCUGGUCAUCCUGCUUUGCUUUCCCUUUCCCACCCUGCUCAUCCUCUCCAGCCCUUGGAGGACAUUUGGAAAUGAGGAGAACAGGACAGCUGGGGAGGGAGAGAGGGGCUGGAGCCCACUGCACACACAUGCCCAUCCCAGGGGCGUCGGCACAUCAGCGUGUGCCCAGAGUUGUUGUCACCCCACCAGCCCCAUCCCAUGGAAAAUGCACCUGGCAGGGGUUUCACACAACUGACAUUCCCACUUUGAGGGAGAAUAAAAUGUCACAGCUCUCUCCCUGUGGGUGAACAUACCCUGCAGGUCACUGAAAUCCCGGGGGGAAUUGCAUCACCCACCCCUUGUGUCCCUGGGUGCAAGUUCACUGUGCUUUUGUGUCUUGGUGGGGAUGGCUCUGAGGUGCCAGCCCUGGGCUCAGGGUGGGUUGGAGGAGCAGGAGACCCAUCUCCUUCCUCCCAAGCCCCCUCCCUGCCCAUCCCAUGUCCCAGGAGUGGCCGGGAAGGGAGAGGCAGCCGCGGGCAGGUCCCAGAGCUGUAAAUUACCCUCAUGAACCUGUUUGCCAAAGAAUGAAGGGGGGUGACGUGCACGGGAGGUGCUGAAAAGUGCCAGGUGAGAUUUACAUGUCACAGGUGGGACACAGCCUGCCCUUCCCACUGGGAACAUCCGGGAAGGGGUGGAUCACUGGGGUGGGAUGUGGGGACGCUGAUGGACCAUCCCUGCUGGGGGCUGUGUGGAGGAGCCCCCUCCCCAGCACCCAUCAGCCUUCGUGUGCUGCACUUAUACCCAACACCACAGAGACCAGAGAUAAGUAGGUGUUUUCCUUACCCUGCAGAGAGUGUUUUCCAGGUGCCCUUCCCGGCAUCCCGUCCUGCUCCCUCCUCUCUGCCGGCACUGCCACGGGGCGUUGGCUGCGAAUCCCCCGGUGCUGGGGUGUGUGUUGUGAUGUUCUGUGCACUUGGCAGUACCCGUGUUGUUGCCUCUCACUGUAUUAAACGUGUCUCUGCCCUUCGG